GUCGGGCUGGGCAGUGUGAGGUGGCCCAGACUCUGUCCGGGGUGGCCCAGGCCGGACAGUCCGGGGUGGCCCAGACUCAGUCCGGGGUGGCCCAGGCCGGGCAGUACGGGGUGGCCCAGGCCGGGCAGUACGGGGUGGCCCAGAUGACCCCCCAGCCCCCUCAGGAGUUGUCCCCUGUCCUGUUUGUAUCCCCCCAGGCCGGGCAGUACGGCGUGGCCCAGACUCAAUCUGGGGUGGCCCAGGCCGGGCAGUACGGCGUGGCCCAGACUCGCCGCCGGGCCAUCGUGCUGGCGGCGGCCCCCGGGGAGAAGCUGCCGAUGUUCCCCGAGCCCCUGCACGUCUUCGCCCCCCGCGCCUGCAAGCUCAGCGUGGUGGUGGACGACAAGAAGUUUGUCAGCAACAUCACCAGGACGUAUUCCGGGCCUUUCCGCACCAUCACGGUUCGGGACACGAUGUCGGACCUGCCCGAGAUCCGGAACGGGGCCUCUGCCCUGGAGAUCUCGUACAACGGGGAGCCCCAGUCGUGGUUCCAGCGGCAGAUCCGCGGCUCCCAGUACCAGCCCAUCCUCAGGGACCACAUCUGCAAGGACAUGAGCGCGCUGGUGGCGGCGCGGAUGCGGCACAUCCCGCUGGCGCCCGGCUCCGACUGGAGGGACCUGCCCAACAUCGAGGUGCGCCUGUCGGACGGCACCACCACCCGCAAGCUGCGCUACACCCACCACGAGAGGAAGAACGGCCGCAGCAGCUCCGGAGCCCUGCGCGGCGUCUGCUCCUGCGCUGAGGGGAAGCCGUGUGACCCGGCCGACCGGCAGUUCAACACCCUCAUCCCCUGGUGCCUCCCCCACACCGGCAACCGGCACAACCACUGGGCGGGGCUCUACGGCCGCCUGGAGUGGGACGGCUUCUUCAGCACCACCGUCACCAACCCGGAGCCCAUGGGCAAGCAGGGCCGGGUGUUGCACCCCGAGCAGCACCGCGUGGUGAGCGUGCGGGAAUGCGCCCGUUCCCAGGGAUUCCCGGACACCUACCGGCUCUUCGGGAACAUCCUGGACAAGCACAGACAGGUGGGCAAUGCGGUGCCCCCUCCCCUCGCCAAGGCCAUCGGGCUGGAGAUCAAAUCCUGCGUGGUGGCCAAACUGCGCCAGGACACGGCCCGUUCCGGGCUGGCCCCGAUGGAACCGUUGGAAUCCGCCGGCUGAGCCCGGAGGGACCCCCUUUUUUUUGGGGGGGAAGGGGGGGAAUCAGGGGGGGCUCCUGGGGUUGUUUGGCCUUUUUUGGGGAUUUUUUUUUUGCUUUGCUUUGUUUUUUUUUUUUCUUUUCCUUUUUUCCUCUUUUUUCCCCAAUUUUUUUCCUAUUUUCUCUUUUUUUCUUUUCUCCCCCUUUUCCUCCUCAUUUUCUUCCCCUUUUCCUUUUCUCCUCUUCUUUCUCCUUCCCUUCUUUCCUUCCCUUUUCCCCUUCUUUUUUCCCCAUCCAUUUUCCCUCUUUUAUCUGCUUUUUUUCCUGCUUUUUUCCCAUCCAUUUUCCCCUCUUUUUUCUGCUUUUUUUCCUGCUUUUUUCCCAUCUAUUUUCCCCUCUUUUCCCCACUAUUUUCCCCUCUUUUUUCCUGCUUUUCCCCCCUCUUUUUCCCAUCUAUCCCCCCUUUUUUCCCCUCUUUAUUUUUUUACCCCCCCCUUCUUUUCCUCUAUUUUAAUUUUAACUCUUUUUCCCUCGCUUUCCACUUUUGCUUUUUAUUUCUUUUUUUAUUUUAACCCCUUGCCCCCAGGCCCGGCCCUUCCCCCCUCAUUUUUAUCUCCCCCGCGGCUGCUUUGUACGAGUGGGACUCGACAAACUCCUUUCCGUAGUUUUUUAUAUGUUGUAAUAUUUCUUCAAAUAAAUCGCGCCUAUAAAUUA